GGUUGAUUUGUCAGUUGGUGUAGUGUGUGCAAAAUGGCUACCAGUGACGAUGAACCUAUGCAUCAUUUAUAUGAAGUUUUUACAACUUGUUUUAAUAAAGUAGCUAACAAAGCACCUGAAAAGGCUGGUUUUCAACCUCCUUAUGGAGGACUAGACAACGGAAUGGCUUACGCGUUAAAUCCCGCGGGCCCAGUUUACACAGGACCGGGCGCGAGUCCGACGCAAGCACCCGCCGAACCGUUCACGGCCGACAGUCCGUAUUUUCCUUUUAACGCGCGUCCCGGUAGCCGGUUAUCGCCGGCGAAAGCGAAAGUCAUACCCGUAUCCGGUCUGAGGCCGACUAAGGAGGAACCUGCUGGCACGGCGACCACUUUGGAUAGUCAAUGGGGCGUGUAUGGUUCCGACGAAUUCGCCCACGAAUCUCCCAGAUACACAUCACCUGGUGCAAAUUCCUACUACUUGACAGCAGAUGGUACGCCGACCUCGGCGGUGGGCGGUACCGGCGGGGCUCCUGGUCCUGGAGGUCCCGGAACAGGAGAAUGGCCCGCCACAUACUCAUACCAAACGUACGAAGCCUUCGGUCUCAUUCCGGAGACUGAACCCCCUGGCCAAGGAUUACCUCCCAUGUCCUCGUUGAGGCCUAAUGGGACGCCGACUGCCACCACCUUGGCGGGACCUAACAGUGCCACUUUUGGACCAUCUAGUACAGAUACAGUCGUUAAUAAAGGAUUGGGAGGUAUAUAUCCCGCAGCCGAACAAGCAAGCGCCAGUAGUUACAGCUCAGCACCAUCCACCCCCGUCAGUUCGCCACCACCGCCGAUUCCUACCGGUUGGCUGACGAAUCACACCACUCCUCACUCGCCGCACUACACACAAGCCGUCAAUGUAAAUAAUACUGUCGCCCCUCAGGGAAUUCACAUGACUGCUGGCCCGACUGGAACGACCUGUAGCUAUCCUAUAAAUCCUCCUGCACCCGAAGCACAGCGUUUAGACGAUGCUAUAGGUUUCCUUAGGGACCAUUCCGAGGCAACGGGUACCCGUAUGGAAGAAAGAUUGGAUGAUGCUAUUAAUGUAUUAAGGAAUCACGCAGAACCCUUAGGUUUAGUAGGACAGCUUCCUACAGCACAUCAAAUGACCCAAUUAGGAUAUCCAGCUGCCCCAUCGACAGAACCUCAUUUACCUGAUAAUAUUAAAGUCGAACGGCCCACAUACAACACCAAAAAACGUAAAGAACCUCCAGACACAGACACCAAACCAUCGAGUUCAGUAGAAAGUCUAGUACAACCAAAUUCAACUAGUGGUCCGCCAUCAAAAUCGACAAAAAGGUCGAGAAGAUAUUGUUCCAGUGCCGAUGAAACAGAAGACGGUGACUUAGAUCCAGAUAUUAAGGCCCAAAGGGAAAAAGAAAGGAGACAGGCUAAUAAUGCAAGGGAAAGAAUAAGGAUCCGGGAUAUCAACGAGGCUCUUAAAGAGUUAGGUAGGAUGUGCAUGGCACAUUUAAAAACUGACAAACCACAGACCAAACUUGGAAUUCUAAAUAUGGCUGUUGAGGUCAUCAUGACACUGGAACAGCAAGUUAGGGAGAGGAAUUUAAAUCCCAAAGCAGCUUGCCUGAAGAGGCGAGAAGAAGAAAAAGCUGAAGAUGGACCUAAACUUGGUCCUGGACCUCAUCAUAUGCUCUCUGGACCCCAUUACCCCACAUUACCUGGGGCACCUACGAAUAUGCCUCACAAUCCAGGUCAGCCACAAUAGCAUUGAUAGUAUUUUCUGCUACCUGUACAUACACACUCGUACAAAACGGCAUCAUCAUAUUCAUCUUCAUAUAAACAAUUAUCUAUUUUUUUAAGAAUAUUAAGUAGUGAUACAAUACAUUGUAUUCAUACUUUUCGAUUUGUUUUUAAUAGUUACAUUUCUUUCACUUAAUAUUAUUUGCGGAACCACUGAGUUGAGACAGCUUUAUUUAUUUUAAGUGUCAUUGAGGUAGCUGGUAAUGAUGAAAAAUUGUAAAUGUUCAGUGCUAAGAUAUUUUGAACUAGAGGCUAUUUCUAAUCUAAGUGAAUAAAUUAAUGAUUGUUCUAAGGCAAGACAUUUCUUGUCAAAACUAUAAUCGAGUUCGAAUGUCUGUGUCAUGUAAUUUAUAAUUUUGUUACUGAGCUCUCGAACAUUAUAGAUGUUCAAAUAAUAAUCCAGAACGAGAUCUGGUAGUGUAUAGCUUUUUCAUAAAUUAUAUUUUUGAUAAAUUCUGAGUGAUAAAAAUGUUCAAGAUUAGAUGACAUAGACGAAUUUAUUGAAAUUACGAAAAUAAUUUAUUGUUCUGAAUAUUUUGCUCAGACUGAAAAACUAAUUCUGUUACUCAUCAUCCAUUAUCUUUUUAAAUUUCAAUUUGUCCUAUAUUUGAAACAAAAAUCGGUUUCAGAAUAUUAAAUUAUAAAUUUUGUCAGAUUUCUUAGAUAAUACAUUUUACGACUGAUCGUUUUUAUUUUACUCGUCAGUGCUGUUACCAACUGAUACAUCACAAAUAACCACUUUUGGCUAUUGAAUAUUAAAUUAUAUAUACAAUAUCGACAUUAUCAAUUAUCACCACUUUUGGCGACGCCGCUUGAAUAUUGAAUGACUUUCAUAAAGAAUAUCGACGUCAUCAAGUAUCAAAAAUGAUACAUCAUUUUAAAUCAAACUUAAAUAAUCAUGAUGGCAGAUAAUUUCCAUUUUAGCAACAUUAUAAGAGCCGAUCUUUUCACAGUUACAUGUAGGUUUACUUUACAGAUUAACGAACGAUAUCCCUAUAGUUUAAUCAGUAAGUAAAUUUCAACUUUACACAGAGGUGAAAAGAUUGGCCCUAAGUCAACCAUUGGGGUGUUCAGUAAGUUUGUCAGAUUUUUAAAUAACAAACUGAAAAUUUCAUCGGUUAAAACGUUUUUAACUUCCUGAUAAAAAAUAUAUAUUUUUAAAACUAUAACACCCUGUAUCUUUAAAUUGAAGCAGUUUCGGACAUAUCUUUAUUAAGCAAAAAACGUUUAUUUUUAUAUCCCCUACAACAUCUAAAAGUUUUCGGGAGGGAUACCCUGUAUUUUCAGAGAUACAUUGACAGUUUUUAACAUUAUUUCUUUUUCUACAUGAAAUUUCGACAUUUUAGAAAAAUGGAGCCCAAGAACUUCCAACCAUAAGGAGUUGUUUAUUUUCCUGUUCCAUUAGCACCUCUUUAACAUGUUGAUAUGAACUGCCACUUGUGGGUUUUGAUCCAGUUAGAGUUUUCUCAUCUUCUUUUCUGGCUAGGAAGUCUAUGUUCCUGUUUCCCAACAAUAGUCUUCUGUCCUGGCACCCAUUACAGAGUGACUUUAUUAUGUUCUUCCUAGGCCUGGAGAAACUGUUGACAUUUCAAUAUUAAUUUGAAUUGUACUUCAAACCCUUUCAGUUCUUGCCUGGCUGUCUGUCACAAUAAAUAUUCUUUGGCAUUUAUUUCUGUUACUUAAGCCUGGAAGGCUUUUGCCAGUGACCCCAGAGUUUAGACUAAUAGUCCUUCAUGUAGUCACACGGCAAAUCUCAGCUUCGGUGCUCUUUAGUACUGCAUGUAAAAUGUUUUCCAAUUUCUCUAUGAAAAGAUGUUGAAUCAACUACUAGAUUUGAGGCAAAUAUUUUAAGUUGCUCAAGAACAUAUUGAAUGGUUACUCAAACCUUUGGAUACUAUAAAGAGGCGAUUUUAGCCAAAUUAAAGUUUUUUUUUUUUUCAUAUUCAGCACCAGGGAAGCAUUAUCCAUCUUAUCGCUUAAAGCUAUAAACCAUUUGCAUUUUGUUGCUGAUAUAAUAGACAUACUUAUUGGAAAACCCUUUAAUUCAAUUAUGGUCCUUGUAAAAAGUUAGAUCUUUUACACCCAAGUAAGGUCCAUAUUUAUAAACUGCAUUUGGCUGAGUAUUACUUGACUAAGUGCGUCCUUGAACAACAGUCGAAGUUCGGAUAUAACUGCUCUAGAGUUCCAGGUGAUUUAAUGAUUACACUGGAAUUUGAAGAUGGACAGUAACAAAUUUAUAAACAUUUACGGAUUUGUUACUAUCUCUCUAAAUUGUCGAGAUAUACCUGAUUUUCCUGCAAGGACGCACUCAGUCGAAUGUAUAAAUAUGGACUUAACUGUCUUUGUAUUGUUUCUGGCUAUGUACCAUGCAUCCUUAUGGACUUUUAAAUAUUCAAAAGAAAAUAUUUCAAACUCAAAUAUGACCCAAAAUAUAAACGACAAAGAAAUCUCAAAGACAAUGUUACAAAAUAUAUAUGAGCGACCAGAAAACAAAAUACUCCUGGCUAAUACCUCGACAGGCAUUGAAUUAUAUUUAUAAGGAGGCAUGAGAGGAAUAAUAAUGUUUAACAUAGAGUGUCAAAAAAUCAAAGCGAGAGUCUUUGAUUUUUUUUUAUUAAGUAGAACGUCAUUCCUGGACCAUUUCGUUCUUAUUAGUACUCAACAGCAAGCAAUAGACAUUAGAUGGGGAGGAUUUUAUGUGGGGUAACGGUUGCUCCUAUAUCUGGUAGACAUUUUUGAGAUUUCUUCAUUGGUUCUUGAAAAUAUUAAUCGAAUUAUGGGAGUGCUUGAAAGCACUAGAGUUUUAUUAUGAUUUGCAAGUUAUUUUUGAUACUUGGUGAGUCAGAAAAACUGCAACCACCUCUUAAUAUCUAAGUUGUAACAGAUUCCAUUUUUAAGCAAAUUUUUCAAAAUAAAUCUGUUAAUUAUUAAUUUUAGAAAUUGCCGUCAAGAAUCAUUAAACUGAUGUACAUUUGUUUUUUUUUUCCAGUGAAUUAAAAUUCUUUGUUUUUGAAGUUUUUCGAAUUUUUACGUUCUAAUUGGGUGAUGAGUAAUAGAAAAAUGUCAUUUAAGAUUAGAUAUAGAGGUGUGAUUUAGUAAAAAAUUGCUGCUGUGCAAUGGAACAACUUGACAUUUUUUUUCUACAUUAGAAAGUAUUUUAAAACCACGGCUUGUAAACAAAAUUAAAUAUUUCACUAUUAUAGUGAAUAUAAUGCGAACAAAUAUUUAUAUAUAAAAACCAGGAAAUGGCUUUUAGCUUCAAUCUACGUGUAUUUUCAGCUACUUCUUUAAUAAUUAAUAUUUAUAUGUGGUUUGAGAUCAUUGUGCCAAUAUAUAAUACUCCGUGUAAUCUUAAAAGUAUCUCUUAGUCUUAUUUUUCAUAUUAAUCUUUGAUCUCUUUUUGCCAUCUUUUAUUUUAAUUUUUUUUAUAAAAUAACCGUUGAGUGCAGUGAAAUGCCAGAAUAUUUUCUCCUGCAUUCAAGUUGAAAACAAUUUUUAAAGACUUUUUUAUGUAAUGUAAUUAGGUUUUUUGCACUGCUUGAUUGGAUUUUUUAAAAAAAUAACUUUCGGGUGUAGAUUUUUAUUAAACGUUUUUAACUUUGAAUUUUGACUUUUAGAUAAAAAAUUAUAUUUUAACAUAGACAUAUUGUGCUAAAAUAUGAGAUCAAUAUCUUUAAAGUUUUCAUUUAAGAAGCGGUCAAUAUUCAAAUCUGUAGAAUGAACAAAAAAGAAGAGUUUUCGGUGAACUCAUAUUUAUAAAUUAAAACCAGUUUAGGAGAGGUGCUAUUUUUAAAGACGUAGAUUUUAGGGUAAAAGUACUUAAUGAUUGCGAAUUAGAAUACUAGUUUUUUUUUUAUUUAUAUUUAGUUGUUGAACGUUUUGCACAAUUAUACAUUAUGCUCAAAGUAAUAUUUAACGAAGUUCAUUGCAGUUAAUCAAAUUAUCAUUUUUAUCAUAAUUAUAUCUACUUAACGAACAAAGUGAGUAAAGAAUUGUGCCAUUUUUAAAGUGAGAAAUGAAGUUCAAAAAAGUUUAUAAAAUAAAGCAUCACAAAAAAUUUAAGUAUGUGUUUUAAGGUUAAAAUUAUUUAAAUUGGAAACAAACUUAAUUAAAAAAUCAAAGAACAUUUUUUUGAUUUAUAUGAAUAGUUGUUUUUUAUUGUUACUUACUGAUGAGCUUGUAUUCUAUUAUGACACGGACAGACAAUAGAAUAAAUUAUUCUAAAAAAAUUUAAUACACCAUGUAAUCUCAAAAAUACAUUGAUAAGAACGCAAUUAAUUUGUCCUUUAUAAUAUUCUUGUUAGCAAAGAUAAAGAUACAAUAUCGGAAGUCGAAUAAUUAAAUUUAGUUUUGUUGAUAUGAAAUUACUUAGUUCACAACUAGUUUCGUAUAUUUAAACAUCAUUAGGUAUUUUUUGUGUUAAUAAAAAGGGUGAACUAAAAUUUUCUGUGGAAAAACAAAGUAUCAAGUUUACUUAAAUAUUGUGUAAUUUGCGUCAAUUGAUUAUAAUUAUUGAAUUAUAAUGUAGAACAGAAAUAAUGGUGAUUUGAACUUACCAAAUUCCAUGGUAGGUAUUUGGUCAUUUUAGAUAAAAGAGUUAUUUUACAUUUUUUUUAUUAAGGUUAAAAAUGUAAAACAUAAGUUUUAUAAUUUUACAAUAAUAUAAAUAAUAUUUAAAUUAAACAAAUUUGGAAAAUCAAGUUAUAAAUAACGUUUUAUAAAACAAUUAAAAGUCAAUUGUUUCUUCUCUAAACUCCAUCUUACAAUUGUUUAUAAUCUUUUUAUUCAUAUUUAAUGCCGAUGAUGUUGAGUAAGCUACACCUCAAACAUAAAUUUUGCCGAAUCUCUGAUGUGCCAGUGGGAAGGACUUGUAUAUUUUGGACGCUAGACAAAAUUUUAGCAACUUAUUAAACUAUUUACGUAAAUACACGAAAUUGAAAUUAGAAUCCAUAAAAUAAUUUUCUAAGCGUUCAUUUCAAUUAGCUUCGCCGCAAAACUGUCAAAUCUUUUGUGUGAAGUGGGAGAACUGCGAGGUGUCUAUUAUGGAACGAUUUCUUUAAAAAUAUUUUUCUAUUCACUAACUCACUUCUGUCAAUAUUUAAUAUUUAUUAAAUAUUUAAUAGUCCUUUAAAACUUUUAAGGGAGAAUUAAAAUGCACCUGUAACUUUUAAAAGAGAGUAAAAUAUGGUAAAAUGAUAUAUGUUAUAAUUGGAGAAGUUUUGGUUGAAUAAUGAUUGUAAAAUGAAGAAAGGUUUAAUAUAAAGCUAUUAUAGUUAAUAUUUCAGGGCUGAAUUUAGAUUACAUUAAGCGGCCCGUUUUAAUUCUCAAACGUAAGGGGUCUAGAACCAAAGGCGUAAAUCUCCAUUUUUUGGGAAAAAAAAAAGUUAAACACCUAGAUAUGUAGUUUUAAACACGCAUAAGCGAUUAAACUAAAAAACGCAAACCUAAUCCUUUAAAAUAUCAUUGAAAUUUAAUGUUGAAAUUCAGUGUUAGUUUCAAACCCGGCAAUCUCCACAUGUCCGUUGGUACCAAACCCGGCUAAAUCCCAAACUGCCAAUCAGGUUGCCGUAUGGAGUGAUAAUUUUCAUGCUUAUCACAUAGACUGCGAAUUUGUUAAAGAAACCUACAGAAGGAUUUGAUGGAUGCCGUAUUAGUAGAAAUUUAAUUUCAGUUGACAUGGCAUAAAGAUUAUAAAAAUCGCCAUGUAUUACCGUUUCGAUCAUCAUUGGAGGUGUUUUCCUCACCUAUAAGUCAAAUGGCACCAUCAAUCAUCUUUAAGUCGCCUCGGAGCGCCACGGAAAAUAAUAAUAAUAUAUGGAGUGGGUGGCUCAGUGGUAGAGUCUCUGCCUGUGGAUCCAAGGGUCCCAGGUUCGAAUCCCACCGUUGGCCGGGAUUUUUUUUAAUUUAAUUAUUUAAAAUUAAUUCUGAUGCCUUGGUAGGAUUCCCCACUCGACAAUUCACUGUUGGGUUCUAAUUAACAGUGCUGUUCCUAAAGUGGCGCUGGGAAACAUUAACAAAGCCUACACAGAACACGAGGCUAAUGGCCUUAGUAGUUGAUGCCGAUGACACCAAAUUAAAAAAAAAUAAAAAUAAUAAUAAUAAUAGCCGUCCCUUCCCUUACACAAAUCACUCAAUGGACUUUAGUGGUUGAAAUUCACUCCUAAGGGGGUGAAUUAGGGAGAUUAUUAUUAAUAUUGACCAAUUGUUUUAAUUUAGCUUAAUGAACACUGAUUGAUAUUAUCUGUUUACCUAUUAAAUAAUAAUAAUCUAAACAACCCUUUAGUAUUUUGUAAUAGUUAAUUAGUUAAUCUCGCGCAUAAUUAGAAUCAAACAUGGAAAUCUUCGAAAGUGAGUAGCAAUACCCAUUCUUUUUCUUUAUUUAUUAAAAUAACUGAUAAUUUUUAAAAUUUAUGCAAGUCGGCAUGAUUCUUUACCACUGUUAAAUUAAAAAAAAAAAAAAUGAAUAAAACAACCCUCAACCUUCCCAGGAAGUUUUUCACAAUUAUCCAAAAUUCUUAAACAUGGAGAAUUCCGUCUUUGGUUCUAGACCCCCUCAUGUAUCUUUUAAAAAUAUGUUUUGUUUUAAUAAAAUUCUAGCCAGAAUUAUAGUUUAUAGGACCAUACAUGCGACCAACUCACAGAAAUACAGCAACAUCAAAAUGUAUAAAAAAUAUCUGCAACUUUACAUUUUUUGGAAUAGGAUAGGGAAAUAAUUUUACAUUUAGUCAACCCAACUAUGACUAGUUUUUUUUUAAUAGUAUUUCCACUGGACUUAUUUUAGUCCACAGUGAAGCAGUUUUUCCUGUUCCAAUAGAUUUAUAAACAACUCUUUCAGGUUUUUAGUGCUCCUUGAAGCAUGAGACCUAAUUAUUAUUAGUAUGUUUGGUUAUGUUAUCUGACCUUCUUCUUAGCCUUUAAUGAACUAUUCCCUUUAGUUCUUUUGCCUUUAAGACCCCUCGUUCUAUCACCCUAAUCCGUUUGUAGCGUGGCGGCACUGCAGCCUGCGGUUUAUUGUGCCACCAUUUGAAGAUCCAACUACUUUCCCAUUCACUCACUCAUUCACCAUUAUUCAUUCCACGUCGUGGAUGGUAGAUGGUAGACUUCACUGCUUAAAUGCUGCGAGAAUAUGGGUGCACACUCAACCAAAUAUCGUGCUGUCGUGAAUAAGACAUAUUGUAAGGGACACAGGAGGAUAUUCUCAUUUUGUUUACAAAAUUAUUUUCAUAUCUUUUAAAAAGCUAAAAUAAUUCAACCUAUUUUAUUGCAACUGAACCUAAAAUAUUUUACUAAAUUAGAUGUAAUUUUACUAAUUUAGAUAAUAAUAAUAAUAAUAAUAAUAAUAAAAAAUAACGUAAUAAUUUUUAACAAUUUCCGUAACCUAGUUAAUGUUAAGUUGGAUAUCAAGUAUUUUGUAUGUUGUUUAUUAUCGGCGUACAACGGCUUACACAUAUAUUCAUUGAUAAAAUUGUCUUGUACCGCCGUCUAAUCCUUCAGUGUAUUCCUUCCAAUACCUCACACCACAUGUCUCUUCACCCCUGAUCUACAACUGGAACGUAUCGACACAGGUAUCGAUGUCGGCGUCACGAAUAUUAUAUGAAUAGUUAUAUCUUCUGUUAUCUCUGAUGCACACUAAUCUCGCGACUGACCUCUCCGGCAAAAUUUGUGGUUGAGGAGUACUUUAUUUGAUAAAAAAAUCGACUGGCGGUUAAAAGUUAAUUUUUUAAAGGUCUGUACAUUUUAAAGGAUUUUUUUACAGAAUAGACCUCAAAGAACUUUAAUUCCGAUAAAACUAAAUUUAAUAAUUCUACGAUUUGAGAUUCCAUCCAUCUAAAAUACAUAAAUCCUAAUUCACAAACGAAUCGGCAAGCUACAGCUUUGUAAACUAUAAUGAAUGCCUAAUAGAUUAAUUGGUCGAUAGUUCAGGAACUGGUAAUUACCUAUUUAUAUUAACGAAUAUUUAAUUUAUUAAUUAUUUGAUGAAGCAUAACCUCAUUUAUUUGAAUUUUACUAAUCGCGGUAUGUUUGAAAAAUGAAAAUAUUGUCCAACUCUACUUUUUGACGUUGCUGUCUUUAAGGAUUUACGGGUGCACAAUUAUUUAAAUAUUGUUUGUGAAUUAGACUAAUAGUAUAAUUAUUAGAGAGAUCAUUUUUAUUUCAAUAGUAUAUUUUGAGACAAGAAUUAUAAAGUAUGUAUUAGUAAUUCUAUGAAUAAAUAAUUUUAUUAACAUGAGUUGUGUACUAUAUUUUUCUACAACCAUCAAGUAGAUUUUCAUGAUUUUUAUUUGACAGUACACGUGUUGGGUACUUUGUAAACAAAUUAGUAAUAAAGUUUGUUGUCAAAUUAUCGAUGGAAAAAUCAUACUGUUUACAAUGAUAAUUUAAAAUUCCGGUUUUAUAACACAUUCGCUGCCAGGGAGGACACUGGUGUCGGCAAUAUUUAUAUUAAUUAGUAUUGGCGAACGGGCACUCAUUUUUGUGCAAUUUUUAUUAAUAAUUGGUCGCUCUGGUGCUGUAAAAUAUGUUAAAUAUUCAGGUUUUUUAAGAGUAGUUUGUAUAGAUUUUUGAAAAGAGUCCGUUAUUGUGACCGCUGUGGCGCAUUAUUCUGGGCGCUAGGGCGGACACAACUCGACAAGUCAAUGCGUGUCCGCUGGUAAUUUUGUGUCUGCUCAAUUGUCUGUUGUAUGUGUCCGCCAUGGCAUGUGAUACCGGUGUCCGCCGAGCUGGACUUAUGACUGGUGUGCGAAAAUGGUAUUGUGUACGAUGAAGCUCCUCAGUGACUGUCAAAAAUCCAACUUUUCAUGUAAGUCAUAAUAAAAGAGCUAUUUGCGUCUAAUCUCCUUUUUAUUAUGCCUACUUAAAAUAUAAACGAAACAGUAUUUUUUGGACUUCCUUGAAGCUAUGGACUAUUAUUUAAACUAAUUCUUUAAGAAUUCUCAAACCACAUAUAGUGCUCUAAGUUUUUGCGCCAGUAUUCUAUUUCGGAUUUACGAGAAGUUACUUAUUAUGUGUAUAUAUUUUUUGAAAAUUUCUUUUUUUAAUGCAAUAUACUGAUUUUUAAAAAAAGCCAUAGGUCUUUCCUAAUAAUUGCCAAUGAAAGUGAAAUUCCUUUUUGGUUAUUAAUUGUAACUUAUUUAUAUAUUAAUUUUCUUUUGAAAAUAUUUAAAUUAUUUACUUUUUACUAUUUACUUAUGUUUUGGUUUGGGCUUGAAAAAUAUUUAUAAAUGUAAUUUAUUUCUUAUCAUUUUAGUUUUUUUUUACUAUAAAAUUUUAAGUGAUGAAUCAAGCAACUAUAUGUAUGUCAAUAAUUUAGGUCUUAUCAUAGGGUAUUAAAAGUAAUUGUGUAUUUAUACUUUAAUUUUUGAUUUCAUUACUUUCUUAAAAUCGUUAAAUACAUCUUCAAAGUGUGCUUUUACUAGACUGAAAGCAAUUAUUUUUUCAGUAAAAUUUUUGUGUAAAGGGAAAUUCCUAUUGAGUCGCUUUGUUGAAAACCAAAUUAUUCUUAGUUUUUUUUUUACGAAGAUAAGUGAUUUUAGUUACAAAUCGGUAUCUGGUAGUAAUUUGACAUGUACUCAAUAAAAACACCUUUCCAGGCUAAAUGCCCGUUGAUCAGUGAGUACAAAUGAACACAACAUUCCAACUAUUAUUGCUCUUCUUUCAUAAUUUUAACAUUUUACUUCCCUACACAGCUCCAUGCGAAUUUUCAUUGACUAUAGCACUGUUGUUUAUCAUUUUUUGAAAGCGAUUUUGGUCUCCUCUUUGUCUUUGACAGCUUUACUAUCUCAAAUCUUGUUCCUUAAUAAAAAAAAGACCCUUUAGGCGAGAUUCGUUGAUUAGGGUGGAUAUUCUAAUACAUAGAGCUAAAUAUUUGGCUAAAAACCUCUUGGCACAGUGCAGUGUAGGCUGCAGCUUUGUUCUGAUGAAGAACAUUCGUUUCUGUGGCGUAUUUUCAGAGUUUAACAAGGAAUUUUACAUUGAUGCGUUGCUCUCCUUGGACACAUGGACAUAUUUCUAUCGAAGUAUAGACACAAGGUCCAGUUUGAACUAAAACCAAGGCUUAAUUAAACGGAGCGCCACUUUUACGAUAAUGGCAAUAUAAACAGGAGAUGCCACGUGUCACGCUCAUAUUCCAUUUGGUCUUGACGCCCUCGCCAUUUGCAGAACGAUCGGCUCCACCAAAUCAUAAGAAAGAGUCUUAUUUUAGAUUCUGUCAGGUAGAAAUAGGAAAAACCAGAACCCACCCAACCUUCUGCUAGACAGUUACGUUGUUUCAUUCUAAAAUCGGAUUUUUUUAGUAGAACCUUUCAGUCUAAAGAUUCGCGUCACUUUUUCAAUUAUCUGCUAAAUAUUUUGUUAUUUUCGAACAAGUAUCGUAAAUACAUAACAGUUCUAAAGUAAUACCACCACAGAUCCAAUUAUUGUUAACCAAGGAGCCUGGAGUUGUAGAAACAAGAAAAAUUUGGGUUUUAACGCGGAUCAUCAGAAAAUUUUUAUAUAUAUAUAAAAAAAUGAAAAAAAAUAUGACAAAUUUUUUAUUUACAAUAUUUAAAAUAUUUUUCAAGUACAAUCUUAUUCGCUAUUUAUGUAAUCCAAGAAAAGGUCAUACUUAAAGGUGAUGUAAACGACAACGAUACAAUUCCAAAUUACUCUCAUGUGCAGUAUAUCAAUUUACGGAUAUUUAUUGUUUUUAAGCCAUAUUUCAGUUCUAAUGAGUUUUUGUUUAUACAUAAAAUUACCGUCAUAAUUGGCACCUACAGGUAGAAAAUUAAAAAUUUUUGAUUUUUUGAGCUUAUGUCAAAAGACUUUUUUACCAUUACACUAAAGUUCCAGGUCUAUAUGGCGAACGUAAAAUCAUGGUCCAAACGUGGCCUUUUCAUUUUUCAUGCUCGUAACAAUGAGACUAGAAGAAAAGCAGUUUAAUUAAUUUUAUAGUGUAAUCCCACUAGUAUACUAAGGAAAUGUUGAAAAAACCUUGCAUCCAUAUCUAAUUUCUAGGGAGUGCUCUCAAAACUUGCAAAACAGACAUUUUACUUAUUGUUCUGCAUUGCUGUGACUAAGUCAUCGCCGCAAUUUUGCAUAUAAAAUAAUUGGAACACAAUAAUAUAAAUAGGGACUUGAAAGCGAUUUAAUAGGGAGCCACACAAUAAAAAUAAUGUUUGGUUUCUCAUUCUUAUCUGUAUUAACUCGUUAUCAGGAAAACCGCAUGUCUCAGUUCUUUUGAGGACACCCUAUAGAAAAGUCAUUUGGAUGUAAGAAUUUGAAUAAAAUGUAAACUUUUUUAACAUUUGUUUUGUGACCAGCGCGAUUAGAGUCUUAAAGUGCUUCCCUUCUAAUCUCGUUGUUACAAAAACCACUUUAGAAACUUAUUUUUAGGUGCACUUUGUAGAGCUAGAACUUAGGUACAAUGAUAAAAAAUUCAUCUUUUCACGUAAGCUACAAUAUAUCAAAAACUCGUAGCAAUUUUAAUUUAAAUCGCUCAUCAGUGACAAUAGUGGCACGUCUCAAAAAAAAAAAAUCCAAAAAUUCUUGCUUCUACUUUAAAUUGGUUAAAGUUUCAUCCAACAAGACUGACGUAAAAUUAGUUGAGAUAGUUUCCCCGAGAUGACAAAUGUGUCACUAAGACAACAUUACAUGUAUUCCGCCCACAUGCUGCAUCAACAACGGCAUAUUUUUAAUAUGCUUCUGGUCAUAGAUAAAUGCUCUGGCUUUGGUAUAUUCCAGUCGUCUUCUGUGGGCAAUACUGGCACAAAUGAGGAGGUGGCAACGCUUUGUUUUUGAGUUAUACUUAUAUUAACUUAACACGCUACAAAAAUUUAGUAUACAAAAACUCACUGACACACAGCCAAGCUCAUUAAUACCUAAAACUUUUAAUACUGAUUUUCUCCAUAAUUUUUAUUUUUGAGUUGUGCCACUGUUGUCGCCAGUGAGCGAAAUAGUGCCAUGCCUUUAUAAAACAAUCCUGUAAAUAAAAAUAGUUUUUGUUUAUUUUACUUCUGACUUGUAUCAUUGUCCUCUAUUGGCUUGUAUAAAUAGUAUGACUGUUCUCUUGAACCAUUCUGUUUAUGCGUGGUUUCAUGCAUCAAUUCAUUUGUAUUGGUAAACAUUUGUUCAUUUUUUUUAUUAAUUUUAAGUUUAUAUAUUUUACUUAAGUGUAACUUUCUAGGUAGAUUUUUUUUAAAUAAACAUGUAAUAUUUUCAACUGUUUAUUUUAGUGUGGUAGGUAAUUAUAUUUAUAUUAUUUGUUUUCUUUGUUAAGAUUGUUUUAAUUACUUUACCUGAGUUUUUUUUUUGUACAAUUCCCGGUAUUUUCUUCUAAUUUGGCGACAAAAUUUUGUGAAACUUAAAAUGGUAUUUUUCCUCUAUUUGGUUUUCCUCACUAAUAAACAAAGUACAUUAGAAUAUUUGGCAGCUCUACAAAUUUGCUUUUGUUUUAAAAUAGUAAAAAUAUUUAUUGACAAGUUGAAAAUGUCUAUUUUUAAAUUAUGAAUUGAAAUUCAUAAAUCAAUGCAUAACAUUCUAAUGUAUUUUGGUAAAAAGACAAUAACAACCGAUAUUAUCUAUCAUAUUUCUCAGUAAUUGUUUUUAAAUUUUGUAAUAUAUUAUAUAUAAAUAGAAACUGCCGAGUCUUAGGGAAAGAAGAUGCUGUCUUCACGAAUCUAUUAAUUUUGAUAUUAACUUUUCUUUUUCAAAUGUCGAAAUUCAUUCGUAAUAUACAUAUCUUAUAUUCAAUUGGUGUUUAAUAACCAUAAUCCACUGAUAUAAAUUUGUCCAAAAUGAAAUAUGUAUCAGGUUUUUGAGGAUAUCCAUUGAGAUAAAAAAUAUAUAGAGUUAUUUCCGGUUAAGCCUGCGUUAAUAUAUUUUGCAAUCGGAAAACUACUUUGGAAAUUAUUAAUUAAUUGAGCAAUUUUUUAAAAUUUAAAAAGUUUAUAUCAAAAUUAGGAAUUAGAUGUAAGGAAAUCUAUAGUAUGUAAAAAAUCUUGGCUAGUUUCUGGAAAAGUAUGUCGUUCAGUUGGAAAAUAUACCAGGUUAAGGUAAUUAAGUAGGUAUUAUUUUGUUAAACCCUGAAAAUUUAUCGAUUUUAUAAGUCUUUUUACUUGCAAUAAUGUUCUGCAUAGUAUAUUUUUCGUAAUCCUCCAGUGUUUGUUUCAUUCCAAUAUGGCAGCCAUGAUUCUGACAAACCGGCAGCGAGAAAAGCACUGAAAGUUUUUUCGGCACUAAAUUCUAUUUUUUUUGUGGAUGAGGUUGGCAGCCAUACUUUUAAAAACCAUUAAUGGUGCAAAUAUAAUUUUUGCGACUUUUCUUAGAAGUCACGCAAUUGUUACCUACGAAUUCUGUAAAAGUGUUGCGAGCAUUUUAUAUUAUAUAUUUUUGUAGUUAUUUAACAAUACGAAACUUCUAAGAUCAGUAUGUGGUACUAAGUGAUUAGGACAAAUUGUAAAGCUUAAAUUUAAGCCUGUAUAAACGUUUAAAGCGAAUGUGUUUCUAAGUAUAUAAAAAAGUAUAUAUGACAAAAAGGAAUAUUGAGUGAUGAGGAUUUAAGUUAGGUUUAAACAGCUAGACUAUGACAUAAAAAUAAAAAUUAUUAUCAACUCUAUGUAAUAUACAAUAAUA